UUUCCUCUCUCCAAAACCCUCAUCUUAUUUCCUCUCUCUAGAACCCUCGUUUCCACUUCACUCUCUGCAACCAGCUAUGGCGCAAAACCUAACACGCGCUAUCACCGGCUUCUGCACGCGCCACUCCACACUCACUUUCUUACUUUCCAAACGUCUCUACUCCACCACAACCAUCACCGCUCCUUCGCCUUUUCCCUCUCUCCUCUUGGGCCGUCGCUCUCUCGCCCCGCUCUUGCGCGCCGUCCCAACAAUCUCACACUAUACGCGCUUCUCCCAAAUACGAUGCCGUGUCAACCGCGCCGGCAACUCCGCUUACUCGCCUCUCAACUCGAGUUCAAACUUCAGCGACCGGCCUCCCACUGAAAUGGCGCCGCUGUUUCCGGGAUGUGACUACGAACACUGGCUUAUUGUGAUGGACAAGCCUGGUGGUGAAGGUGCGACGAAACAGCAAAUGAUUGAUUGUUAUAUUCAAACCCUAGCUAAAGUUGUUGGAAGUGAAGAGGAAGCAAAGAAGAAAAUCUACAAUGUUUCAUGCGAGAGGUAUUUCGGAUUUGGUUGCGAGAUUGAUGAGGAGACCUCAAAUAAGCUAGAAGGGUUGCCUGGUGUUCUGUUUGUCCUUCCUGACUCCUACGUUGAUCCUGAAUACAAAGAUUAUGGCGCUGAGUUGUUUGUGAAUGGAGAAAUAGUUCAGAGAUCACCUGAAAGACAGAGGAGGGUGGAACCGCAGCCCCAGAGAGCUCAGGACAGACCAAGAUACAACGACAGAACCCGAUACGUGCGUCGCAGAGAAAACAUGCGGUGAAACACGGAAUAGGUAAGCGGCUGGUUGUAUAGAUUAAUCUUGGAGUUGGUGGCAUCAAGGGAGUGGGAGCUUUUGUAUUGGGUCUCUUGUUGAGUGAAGACUUCAUUCCUUUUAGGCUUAUAAUGGUUGAACUUAAAAUAUGGUUUAAUAUUGUAGUUUGAUCUCUUACAAAUUAUGGGAUGCUAUGUCCUCGCUUCCUGGACUCUGCUGAGAUGAUUGCAACAGUUGUGCUUUGGUAUGCCUGAAUGGGCAUCUUAAUAAAUUACCAAAUGCUAUGCUAUUUGCUAA